UUGUUAUACAGGUAGUCGAGGCGUGUCUACAGGCUAUUAUUUGGCAGUCUAGGUCUGCAGGCUAUUAUUUGGCUGAUGCACUGCGUGUUUCGCAAAGGGUGAUGAUGACAGUGAUAAGUAUAGUUCGCCUGAUAUUAUGAACAAUCGGAGUGCCCGACACCCUUUGCCCCAGUCUAGAUAACACCACGGUGGACAGGACAGCAAACUCGACUAGCCAUUCAGAUGCUGGCGCACGCACUCCGGUCCUGAUUCUGCACUUGCCGGUGGUGAAUAGUUCAUGUCGACACAGCCCGUCCUUGCUCGCAUGAUAAUGCUCCAUGUGACGAACACAGAACAUUAGCAGCUGGCUUCUACACAACCAUCAAACCGAUCUAGAUAACACCACGGUGGAAAGGACAGCAAACUCGACUAGCCAUUCAGAUGCUGGCGCACGCACUCCGGUCCUGAUUCUGCACUUGCCGGUGGUGAAUAGUUCGUGUUGACACAACCCGUCCUUGCUCGCAUGAUAAUGCUCCAUGUGACGAACACAGAAGAGUAGCAGCGAGCUUCUACAACCACCAUACCGACCGCCUGAGUCGAGUAUGGAUGUCAACGCAGUUCUCCAAUAUCAGGGCCGCUUCGGUCCAUUGCAGAGGGUGAAUUUCUUUCUGUACAGCCUGACAACUUUACUGGCACCUAUCCACAUGAUAGGACCGGCGCUCACGGUGGGCCAGCCCGACGGAUAUCGGUGUGCCCCGCCUCCGGGGUUCAUCGUGAACGAGACGGUGCCGUACCUCGAAGACGGCGACGUUUACGAUCGGUGUCAUCUGUAUCAGGUCCGCAAUGGAAGUGUUACACCAGACUUGACAACGUGUUUAUAUGGAUGGGAGUACGAGUCGACACACGGGGAAACAAGUGUUGUAACUGACCUGGAUUUAGUUUGCGAGAGAGGCCUUCUGGGCGGCACGAUCCAGUCCAUCGCUCACAUCGGCACCCUCUUCGGCUCGCUCCUUCUCGGCCAGUUGUCCGAUACCUACGGCCGGCGGAUUGGCCUGGCGGUCUCGCUGCUCGGGCUCGGAGUCUGCGGUACUGCCGUCAGCUUCGUAUGGAACUUCUACCUGAUCGCGGUGCUCUUCUUUGCCAUCGGGUUUUGGACCGCGGGUGUUGCACUCAUCGGCUACGUCCGGUCCAUAGAGAUGUGUACCACAAGCCAACGAAUGAAAGGCCACGCCGUCAACGGAAUCAUGUACGGCUUUGGGGUGGUGCUAGUAGGCCCACUUGCCUAUUCCUUCCCCAACUGGAGACACUUUCAACUCUCCAUGUCGCUGCCAUGCUUCGUACUCAUACCGUUGAUCUCGUUUUGUCUGGAAUCUCCCAGGUGGCUGGUGCAAAAGGGAAGGAUCAAGGAGGCCGAAAAAAUCAUCAUGAAAAUUGCAAAGUCCAACAAACUGCCUUACGCGAAGGUCUUGAGUUGUUUAACCGACAAAACUAAAGACAUUCCACUCGUCGAUAACGCGUCCAAGUCCAAGGACGAAAACCACGCGGGCAACGGCUAUGCGAAAAUUCACAAUGGCAAAGCGGAAUCGGCAGUAUCGAUUACCGGGACUUCCGGAGUCAGAAAUCGAACACGGAGGUACUCGACGGUGCACCUGUUCACGACGCGGGCGAUGGCCGGUGAGACGCUUAUACUGUUUCUUUGCUGGUUCACUGGAAAUAUUGUGUACUUCGGGUCGGUCAUAAAUACUUCAAAUCUAGCCGGGCACAAAUAUCUCAACUUUUUCCUGAUUGCUCUGUUCGAGAUGUGCUGCUAUCCAAUCGACUACUUCGUCAUGAAGUGGUUCGGGCGUAAACGACCACUCAUCGCAUAUUUUGUUGGAUCGGCAGUAACCUGCAUGGUUGUGGCGUUUACACCAAAAGAAACAGGAAGUGGUGUCAGUUUGGUGGUAGUUAUCGUGGGUGCUUCUAUGUUGGGGAGGUAUUUUGUCGCUGGCGUCUUCAACAUCAGCUACCUGAUUUCAGCUGAGGUUUUCCCCACCGUGCUCAGGAACAUAGGAAUGGGAUCUUGCUUCAUGGUUGGACGAUUGGGAGGCGUCAUUGCACCAUUUGUUGUACAUCUGAAUACGGUGAGCGGCUGGCUACCGCUGACGAUUUUCGGCUCGGUGUCCAUCACGGCCGGCCUGUUGGUCACAUUCCUACCGGAAACACGUCACACUCACCUACCGGAAAGCUUUCAGGACGGUGUCAAGCUGGCCGACAAAGGUCGCGGUUCUGUGGAACCCCCUCCCUCUCACGUGUGAAACAAAUCUUAUCCUUGCCUACAUUCGUUAUUCUCAACACACAGAAACGUUUGCGUACAGUGCAAAUCGAGUGCGUCCCAUUGGGUAUGUCUACACCGCGUUAUGGGAAGGUUUUGUAUAUGCAAAUUAGGACCGAGUAAUGGAGACUUUCUGCUGUUCCACAACGUUUUUGGUCCUCACAAAAACCUCGCACAGACGAGUGUAUGUCCCCACAACUGCGGAAAAAAGAAUAUGUGUUCUAUUGUUCGUACUUUUUGGUAGCCUACACGUUUUCUAAUCGAGGACUCUCCUCACUUGGGUGCAUGUCCUCAGUUAGAUAAGGAGUUUCCUCCUGUGUCCUUUCUUUAAACCAUAUGUACAUGUACCCUCCGCUCUCCGAAGCUGAGAAUAAUGCGGGAUUAAUUGGGGCACAGAAUAGCUGUACUCUCACGAUGGUCCACGGUAAUGUCCGAUGGUGCUCUGUAUACUUUUGUACAGAACAAACGCUCCAUGACGAUUGCUAAUGUGAGGACAACAAUGAGUGAACGGCUACUCUUUGCCAUAUUGGCCAGUACGAAUACGGACACAUUUAGCAAUUAAUUUUACAAGUUGUAAAUAGGCUUAGCUUGAAAGAAAUAUGGAUGCAAUUACGGGAUGUGCCUAAAAUUUCAACUUUUACUUUUUUAUGGUCACAUUUUGGGGAAAGACGGGAAACUAAUGCUAGGGCGGAUUUAGAGUGUGGUUUGGGUGGCUCCGAAGCCCUUCAAUCUGGCCAAUGCUAACUGCCUUGAGAUCGCGCAAGGCAUGAUGGGAAACAACAUGGCGCAGCAAUAUCUCGUACCCAUGGGAACGAGGUUGGCGAUGGCAGUGACACAAAGUUGUAUUUUUCCUACGAAGAUGGCUAAUAUACGAGAGGGGUCUAUAUAUCUCUAUAGUCGUCAGUUUGCAUGUUAGCAGUUUGCAUGAAAUUGGUAAAAGGAGGAGAACUUGGGGUAAGCAUUUCGCUGUAUGGUUCCGGCUAUCUCAUGCUUACAAAAUGGAACGGCUUUUCAACCUACAGAAACCUAUAAAUACCUAUAUUUUGGCGCUUGAAAUAACCUUAAAUUUUGAUUUCCAAAAUCUAUUUAAGAAACUUUUUGAUGAAGAUCGAGGGGCACUGUGAGGCCUGCAAUUAAUUUACAUGUGUAAUUUUCCUUUUGGAUUUAAAAGAGGCUUCAUUUAUAUAGAAUGCAAAUACGCUAAUAUUUUCAUUGGUAAGAUAAAAAGGCACAGGGUUAAAUGUUGACUUACAGAUGUGUGUGUGUGUUAUUAAUCAACCAAUACUUGCAAUAAGUUAACAUAUUUUAAAAAUGCUAUACUUGAUACUGGAUAUGAAUACCUUGAGAUAAAACCUUUCAUAAAUUAAUUGUGUAAUAAAUUAAAAUUAAGAGUGCUUAAAUAUAUUCUUUUUAAUUUGGUAAAAUGCACUUUCAAAUGUUUGGAUGCACGGGGAAUAUUGUUGUCUGUACUAAUGUGAGAUGUUCAUAAAAGUUGGCAAAUAUUUGUAUAACUGUUUCAUAAUUCUUAUAUACAUACCUUUGAUUUUAAAUUGUUGACAAAGUCAUGUCUUUUCGGGUUAUAGUAUACAUUCAAUUCAAACAAUGCUGCCUCGAAAACAUGUGAACAUUAAGUGCGCUUAUAAAGCCUGUGACAAAAUCUUGAAAAUAUGAGGCCUUUUUUGUCAGAACUGAUGUAUUUAUUACUUUAUUACUUUUUGGACAUUUAUGAAUUUGGAGGGGAAAACUAAUUUAAUAAAAAGAUUGGUUAAACCAAAUGGUGGACACAA